GCGGGAAAGUAGGCGGAUCGUUUGCAGCUUUUUUCUCUCUCUGGAAAGUUCUGUGACCCGCCUCCCUUUAUUACAUUCUCAAACAGUCGAGUUUCGGCACGUUUAUGCUGGCCGUGGAAGUCUAGAGGCAUUUAGAGUAUUAUACUCGCCCUUGUAUCUAAAUAGAUUAUUAUAUUUUUGCGAAACAAACAGUUUUGAACGGAACAAUGACCGCAGGAGAAGAGAAAACCGAACAGCAGAUCCCUAUUGAAGGGGAAGAUAUCAGCCCUAAGAAAGAUGGAGGAGUUCUAAAGCUGAUAAAAAAAGAUGGCACUAGUGAGGAGACCCCAAUGACAGGUGACAAGGUCUCUGUCCAUUAUACUGGAACGCUGUUAGAUGGAACUAAAUUUGACUCUAGCAGAGACCGAGAUGACACUUUCACAUUUGACCUUGGCAAAGGGCAAGUUAUUAAAGCAUGGGAUAUCGCAGUGGCCACCAUGAAGAUUAAUGAAGUCUGUCAGAUCAUCUGUACACCAGAAUAUGCUUAUGGCUCUGCAGGCAGUCCACCAAAAAUUCCACCCAAUGCCACACUGGUGUUUGAGAUUGAGCUUUUUGAAAUCAAAGCAGAAGACCUGACAGAAGAUGAAGAUGGUGGAAUUAUUCGCCGAAUCCGAAAGAAGGGAGAAAGUUACUCUAAACCCAAUGAGGGAGCAUCAGUUGAAAUACAUCUGGAAGGCAAAUAUAAGGGUACUGUCUUCGAUAGUCGAGAUCUAUCAUUUAUUAUUGGAGAUGGUGAAGAACAUGAUGUUCCAUCAGGAAUUGAGAAGGCAUUGCAAGAAAUGGAAAAGGGAGAAGAGGCUAUUAUAUCGCUAAAACCAAAGUACGGAUUUGGAGAAGCAGGAAAUCCAAAAUUGAAUAUUCCUCCAAGUGCAAACCUGGUGUAUGAAAUUGUAUUGAAAAACUUUGAAAAGGCUAAAGAGUCUUGGGAGAUGAACAUAGGUGAGAAAUUGGAACAGUCUGCUAUUGUUAAAGAGAAGGGGACAUUGUAUUUCAAGGUGGGAAAGUACAAGCAGGCCACCAUCCAUUACAAGAAAAUUGUGUCUUGGCUGGAACAUGAGAGUGGAUUGUCUGAAGAAAACCUAAAACAAUCCAAUGCUCUGAGACUAGCAGCUCAUCUCAACCUUGCUAUGUGCUACAUAAAAAUGGAUGAGAACGUGCAAGCUGUAGAGAAUUGUGAAAAGGCAUUAGGGUUGGAUCCAAACAAUGAAAAGGCCCUUUUCAGAAUGGGUGAGGCAAGACUUGCUAUGAACGAUUAUGAACUGGCAAAAGAAAACUUCCAGAAGCUUGUGCAACUUUAUCCGAAUAAAGCAGCCAAAGUCCAGAUUGGAAUAUGUCAGAAAAAAAUAAGAGAACAGUUGGAUUUAGAGAAAAAGAUCUAUGCUAAAAUGUUUCCAAAAUUUGCACAUACAGAUAGUAAGAAAGAGGUACUCAAAACACAAUCUGAAAAGGAAGCUGCUGUGGUGAUAACAGAGGAAGAAGCAAAUAAGGAGAACCUAGAUGAAGGAGGCAAAGGCGAGCCCAUGGAAACAGAAACCAUUCACAAAUCCCAGGAAUUGGAUGCUACAGCGUGAAGAUGAUAUAGAGAUUGAAGCUGCAUUACUUGUUUGAUUUUGUUUUUUAAAGCUUUGUUAUAGUACAGUAUUCUGUGUGUAUCAAUAAUGCACCAGUAAAAGAGUUUUACUUACUUGCCUCAGUGUCACAAGCUAGUUAAAAAGAAGUGAUAACACAUACUGGAAUUGCUGAGCAUCUGAGUCACACUGGGUUUUUAUGAUCUGCCUGUGGCACUGCCAUGGCAUUAUUAGAUGACAAAUGAGAUGAGCCCACUCUUGUCAGCAUGUAGGAAGUAGAAACUGGAAUAAGCAGUUGGUAGCUCUGAAUUAUUUUGACUUGAAAAACAGUUUUAUCUCUUAUUUUUAAUUCUACACAUCUGGAAUGCAUUCCUCCUGCAUCCUACCAAUGGUGGUAUCAUUUCCUGCCCCUGCUCAGUAUAUGGACAUAUAGUAAUAAAUUUAUUCAGCUUAUAUGCUGUGCCUGGGAAUUGUUAGAUCAGUGUGACAUGUUCUUGGAACUUGGAUCAAGAUGUAUAGUUGGUGUUGUUACUGCUGUGCGACUGAGGUACAGUUCUUACUUUUGAGGAAAUCUGUUUGUAACUUGUGUAUAAGUAUCAUCAGGUAAUGCAGCUUUAUUGUAGAAUUACUGUAUUCCACGGAAUGGCUCAAUUUUGUUUUUGCAUUUGAUUAUUCCUUGUCCUUCAUCAAAAUGUCAAAUAUGGAGAGAAAAGGCCCUUGUGUUUCUAUGCUGGAAAUAUUAUGCAACACAUUUUAGUCAACUGGUCAAUGCCACUGUUUGUGCUUCUUGCAACCUGCUUCAUCAAAGACUCUUCACUUUCCAUUUAUAUUUACCUCCCUCAUGUUAUUUUGCCAGCUUUCACCUAAUUGCAGUAAUUCUGUGUACUAUUUCACUCUCUGGGUAAAGAAGCUUCACUUAAGUUCCUUGUGUUGGAUUUAUUAAUUACUACUAACACUAUCUUUGUAUCCUUUGGUACUCUUUAUAAUAUCAAAAUGUUCUGAGAGAACCAACACAACCACCAUUUCUAGAGAAGAAAGCUCCAUUUACUUUGUCACUGUGGUUUAAAAUUUCUCACUCCCAUUAUUCCUGGAAAUCAUUACUGCAUUUUUUCCAGUGCCUCUUUCUGUUUUAUAUUAUGUUCAACAAGUCUUUGCUCCACCAAAAAUUCCCCAUGAUGUGGUGAGAAAGAAGAUCUACCAUGUAUUUCAAAAUGCCCAAAAAGAAGGUUGCUUUAGUGGAAUUUAAUUCAAGAAAUUCUAUUCACUUUGGGGCCUUUAUCGUCAUUGUAUCCUUCAUUAAGGUUAAAAUGGCUUAAUCUAACAGAGCACUUGUGCAUUCAGCUAAUCCAUUCUCAGUUUAGCACAAAGUAUCACUUUAAUGAUUUUUGAUUGAUGUAGGUUUGAUCUGCUUUGUUUCUUGCCCCCUCCACCAUUUCUGCUCACUUUGACCAUACCCAAAUUAAAUUAUUCUUUGUUUUGACAAACUGUAAUGCGGUGAUGGUCACCAGACCUCUAUCACUAUUUAUACAUGGGGUUAAAAUUUUCCCAAUGGACCACAUAGGUAGUACCUUGCACUGAGGAACUGUUGUCACCUGAGUGAUUUACUUGGUGUGGUGCUUGGUGAUCAAGUUUCCACCUGAUACCCAUACUUUCACUUCCAUAGACAGUUGUUUACUAAAUUGAUCUGUACAGUUCAUUUUGAUUUCUUUCCCAAGAUUUGAUUACUAUAACACAGUUUAAAAAGUGGAGGAUGUGUUAUUAAUCCAAUUACUAACAUCCUUUGGAACUGUUGCCUUCUGACUUAUUUUGUGACUUCCUUGGAUCUCAAUCUUUUCUUAGUUGUAACAGUCUAGUUUAAACACACCCAAUCUAAUUCAAAACUAGUGCUCACAAAACCACCUAGAUCGAAUUUUUUGAAUGGGCAGUUGACGGAAGUCAAGGACUGUGUAUCCCUUCAGUUCUGUAUUAUUAAAUAGAACUUUAAUGUAGCUAAAUGUCAUAAAAUUUAAAAACCAGGAUUAGAAAGUGAGUAAAAGUGUUUGCUUUGCACUGGUUAAAAUUAUCCCAGUAAGAGUAAAAACGUUCUUGGUGAGAUUUUUGGUACUAUUAAUAUUUCACUGAUUUUAAUUGCUUGGCCUUUUACAGUUCAAAAUAAAGCUUUAAUAAUCAUUUUUAGAAAUACACAAAGUAUGAAUGUAAAUUCUAGAAUUUCUUGCAUUUGCAAGUUAGCAUUGUUAACUACUGCAGGUCUUGUCUUGCUGCUAAAACGCGCAAAAGACUUAGUUGCUUUGCUUCGGGGUACUCUUUAAUGGGCCUUUUUUCAAAUCUGCAGGAAAGGGGCUGCGGUUCCAGUUCUAUGCAAUACAGUAAUGUGUCUUAAGUGCUUGACCUUCCAGUGGAAAAAUAUUGUGCACGAUUUGUGUCCAGUACUACUUUGAUUUCCAGCUUGUUUUACCAACCAAAAGGUGAUUGUAUGUAUGUAAAUACUUCUCAUUUUGUUUGAGGGCAGCAUAGGAGUAAAAAAAAUAAAAAUUCAGGAAUUUA